UUUUGACAGUUGUGCUUUUAUUUACAAACAAACGAAAGUACUUCGCAUUCGCCAUCGGAUUUACAUCUUUCUCGCAGUUUGCUGAAGAAUAAUCCUAGAAUUUAUGUAAAACUAGUGUGAGGAAGCAUCUAAAAUGUCUGAAUACAGUGUAGCUAAAAGCAGUAAACUCGUCCUGAAAGGGGAAAGCUCAAAAGGACACAAACGCAAGCAUAAGAAACAUAAGAAGGACAAGGACUCGAAAAAGGUACGCGUUGAGGUAGACGAAGACGCCCUGAAGCACGGUGGCUGGUGGAAGGUAUCGAAGGUAGCCGAAAUAACCGGUUCCAUUGCCAUUCAGUUUGGCAAGCGGGCAUACAUUCGUGCCCUGGACAACGGUUCGUUUACUUUGGGUGCUCCCCAUGACGAGGGAGAUGGCCCCGAUCCGGAGGAGAUCUUCACUGCCGUGCUGAUCAACGAUGAGAAGAUUGCCUUCAAAUCGGGCUACGGAAAGUAUUUGAAGGUGGAAAAGGACGGAAUGGUUACCGGGCGGUCGGAUGCGGUUUCGGCCUUGGAGCAAUUUGAGCCGGUAUUCGAGGGAGGCAAAAUGGCCCUGCUGGCCGCAAAUGGUUGCUUUGUUUCGGUCGAUCCGGAAGAUGAUGCAGUGGUGGCUCUGAAGAAGAAAGUAGGCGAGAACGAAGUGUGCGUGGUGAGGAGCUGUGCUGCACGGGAGGAAAAAACUACCAAGGACGUGGCCGUUGAAGAGGAAGGCGAUCUGGACCAGGUUGAAAUCAAUUAUGUGAAAAAGUUCCAGAAAUUCCAAGACAAGAAAUUGCGCGUCAACACCGAAGACAAAGCAGCACUGAAGCGAGCCAAAGAUGAAGGAGCACUUCACGAAGCACUGUUGGACCGUCGCAGCAAAAUGAAGGCGGACAGAUAUUGCAAAUAAACCAUAACCGAGAGAACUGAAUUCAAAGCGACAAUUGUUCAUGUGAAAAAUAAUCCUAGCAUAGUUUAUUCGACUUUAUUUUACCAAAUUUUGUUCUCCGUAUUUUUUUUUUCUAACCUUACAGAGAUGUUUCCCGUCUCACUUUUGUUGUCGUGCCGAAUUUCAUGAAUGAUGUUUAAAAUACAGUGGCCCUGAUCACUUAAAGUCGCCGUCACUUUUGAAACUUUCGCCAUAGGUUCUCAGCUUGUUCGGUUCCCGUUUUAUUUGUUGUUGUGUUCGCUCUAUACUAGUGUUCUUUUCUACCUUUUUUAAAUUUCGUUUGUGUUGCUAUCUUUUUGUGAAUUAUUAUCCAGAGUAACAUGUAUUCUUUUGUUUUGUAUUAGCCGUAAAGGGAGAGUCCUAAAUGAUUAUUAUUUAUGUAUGCUGCAUUUAUCGUGUUACUUUUUGUUUUUGUAUUUUUUGUGAUAAGUAUUUUUAUGUUUUCCAAAGUAUAGUUUUUAGGUAGUUUUAGUACGUGAUAUAUUCUUCUGAAUAUUUCUGUUUUCCGGUUGAACCUACUGUAGCUGCUCAUUCCGUCUCCUCCGCUCUUCACUUCUUAUUUGUUAUGAUUUUGUGGUGUUUAUUUGGUUUACUAAAUUAAAAGAUAAUGGUUUAAACCCAAGAAACGGGGAUAAACGAAAGCCUUGAUGACCGAAUAAAAUAGUAAAGUGGGAAACACAUUAAAAGAGCUGAACUCGUACAUUUCACGUUUCAUUAUUAUUAUUUUCUUUGAGAAA